AUGGAUGAAAACAUGGACUUUGAUCGCAGGACUCCCGAGACGGGUGCUUCUCAGAAUGACAAUGCGCAGAAGCGCACCGCAUCCGAUGCUGCCCUGGACGGCCAGGAUAUAAGAUCGACAAGGAAGAGAGCGGCCAAAGCGUGUCAGUCCUGCAGGUCCCGCAAGGUUCGAUGCAGUGUCUCGGACCACGGGGUGCCUUGCUAUAACUGCAAACUGGAUGAGCUAGAAUGCAUCAUUCCAGAGCGCAAGAGGCCGACACGAACCGCAAAGAGAGAGAAAUCUCUAGGUUCGGUUAUUUCCGAAGCCGUUUUACGGAUGGAUAAUACGUCCUCGGAAACCAGCAGCUUUCAGUCGAACAUGACCCGCAGGCCGUCGUCCACGAGCAUUCAUGGUGACUGGGAGAAGUCCUUUGCAGGCGGCUAUGGCGUUGACACACCGUCUGCGGCAAUGGAUUCCCCGCCGCAAGAUGUUGGCCUUGCUUCACACGAGCUCCGGAAUCCUGAGUUCGACAAGGUGGAUUUCACUGAGCUGCCGCCAUGCGACGAAGAGCUUGCACGUUGGUUCGGCGUGAUGCCCGCCCGUGUGGUGGAUAAAAUGUUUGAGUACCUGGCUCUACUCAGUCAAUGCGGACAAGCAGCAACGUUGCCAUCCAGAUUGCGACAAUCGAGGUCAAAUUCCCACGACAAAGUCCGACUUAUCCCACCCGGCAGCAACAAACGCAAAGCCCUCAGCCCAGAGAUCCAAGAUCGGCUCCGCUGUCACAUCACACCGCAACCAAACCAAUACACCAAUGCCCCAUUCCCCCUAGAGCCACUCUCUCCGCAAUCCCCAACCGAAGAAACAUGUCCAUCAUCGGCUACCCAUGACUCGCAGAGGAACAUGGCCCUUCUCAACCAACUACGCGACAGUCACGCAGCGGCCAGCCGCACCAUCAGCACCCUCGAAGCCACCAUCCGCAAAGUCGACGCCCAGCUCGCCAGCCGUCGCGAUCCCCGCUACAAUCCCUCCAACUGCCGUUUCCCGUCGACAGGCGCAUUUCCGCACUCCGUGGCGAGCGCAAAGAAGACCACCCCGCCGACGCUGACUCCUCCACCGGAAAAUAACCAGGAUGCAUAUGAGAUGAGCAUACAGACGCUUCAGCAGCUGGAGAAGUUGUUUGCACCUCCAACGCAGGGCCAGCACGAUGAGGGUGCUGGGAAACAGGAUGGGGCAGCAGAGGUUCUAGACGGUGGUCUAGGGGCAAGAGAUGAGGAUUUUCAGGACACGUUCGAGUCGCUGAUUGAUUUUGGGACUGACGAUGCUUUGUUCCAAAUUGCAUGA